CCACGUUCCCUCGUUGUGCUCUCGUUAAUUAUCGGCUGCAAACUCAAUCAUUAACUAUUAAAAUACUGGCCAAAACCGGCAAUAUAUACCCCCUGCAAGCCAGCCCCUGAGCUCACCAUCACAUCGCAGAGCACCAGCUAGCCCCUGAGCUCAACAUCCAUCGAUCGCUUGCUCAUCAGCUAGCUUAGCUGCCUAGCUAAUCAAGUUUGCGCGACCAUGAGGCUCUCGGCGGCCGUGCUCUGCACCCUGGUGGCCGUCCAGGCGGCGGUGCUCCUCGCCGCCGUGCCGUCGGCGCAGGCUGGCGAACUGGAGGUCGGGUACUACAGCAAGAAAUGCAGGGGCGUGGAGAACGUCGUCAAGUGGCACGUCAUUAAGGCGCUGAAGGCCAACCGCCGCACCGGCGCUGCGCUCGUCCGCCUCCUCUUCCAUGACUGCUUCGUCAGGGGGUGCGAUGGCUCUGUCCUCCUGGACGCGUCCUACGAGAACCCUCACCCGGAGAAGGAGGCGCCGGUGAACAUCGGCCUCGCUGCCUUCGAGCUCCUGGAGGAGAUCAAGGCCGCCGUCGAGAAGAGGUGCCCCGGCGUCGUCUCCUGCUCCGACAUCCUCAUCUACGCCGCCCGCGACGCAGCCAGCAUCCUCAGCAACGGCAACGUCCACUUCGACGUCCCCGCCGGCCGCCUGGACGGCUUCGUCUCCAAGGCUGAGGAGGCUCAGGUGGAGCUCCCGGACUCCACCCAUGACGUGCAGCAGCUCAUCGACAACUUCGCCAAGAAGAACUUCACCGUCGAGGAGCUUGUCAUCCUCACCGGCGCGCACUCCAUCGGCCAGGGCCACUGCUCGUCCUUCACCGGCCGCCUCACCGAGCCGUCGGACCAGAUCACCCCGGCCUACCGGGACCUGCUCAACUACAAGUGCUCUCAGGGCGCCAACCCGGCCGUGACCAACAACGUCCGCGAUGAGGAGUACGACGUCGUGGCCAGGUUCAUGCCGGGGUUCACCAGCCGGGUGCGCAAGAUCCCCGACUUCCUGGACAACAGCUUCUACCACAACAACCUGGCGAAGAUCGUCACCUUCCACUCCGACUGGACGCUGCUGACGAACAAGGAGGCGCUCGGCCACGUCCAAGAGUACGCCGACAACGGCACGCUCUGGGACGAGGACUUCGCCGAUUCGCUGCUCAAGCUCAGCAAGCUGUCCAUGCCGGCGGGGAGCAAGGGUGAGAUCAGGAAGAAGUGCAGCAUCGUCAACCACCGCCUAUACUGAGUUAAAAGCAGGUGAACAUGCAUGGAGAUCAAAGAAGAGGCCGUGCGUACCCAGCCAACACACGUUCGUAUAUCGAGUUGAGCCAUAAACUAAUUGUGGCUGUUUCGUUUCAGCCAUUCUUUUCAUUCGCAUUCGUUGUACUACUCUUUGUUGUGCAUUUCUGAUCUCUGCCAAUCUGUUAUAUACUCUACAUAUCUCACAACAAUAAAAUUAUGUUCCUGA